GGUUAGCGCAGAGCACAGACAUGGAGGCUUUACGUCGUAGCUGUUACACAUUGCCGACACGUGUAAGUGCGAUGAAUGCAUUUAACUAGCAAUUAGCUCCCCCCCCUCCUAAAGCCCCCGACGGAAAAAAAUCAGCGUAAAUGCUCGUAGUGACCGUGGGACCAUUAUGAAAACCCAGUGAUCAACAAUUUUUUUUUCUUCUCCCAUCUCCAAGUUUUCACCUGACCCUCCUACAUCAGGAUGGUACAAACAGUGGUUCCUCCAGACCGGUUCUGGUUUGUGGGAAUCAUUUUCUUCAUUCUCGGCCUGGGGACGCUGUUGCCAUGGAAUUUCUUCAUGACGGCAUCACUGUACUUCCAAGCUCGCCUGAACACAACAGGCGGGACCAACGGUACGAUGGAGGAACCCAAGGAGUACUACUUCAACAACUGGAUGACGUUGCUAUCCCAGCUGCCCCUGCUGCUCUUCACGCUGCUCAACUCCUUCCUGUACCAGAGGUUGUGCGAGGCGGUGCGAAUCGCGGGGAGCCUCGUUUUCAUCCUGCUGUUCUUCAUCCUCACGGCGGUGCUGGUCAAAGUGCCCAUGGGGGAGGACCGCUUCUUCUCCAUCACCAUGGCGACUAUCUGGUUCAUUAACUCCUUCGGUGCCGUCCUGCAGGGCAGUCUGUUUGGCCUGGUGGGUCUGCUGCCUCAGAAGUACAGCGCCGUCUUCAUGAGCGGACAGGGCCUCGCGGGGACCUUCGCCGCCGUCGCCAUGCUGCUCGCCAUAGCCAGUGAUGCAGACUCUGAGUCGGCGGCUUUGGGUUACUUCAUCACACCGUGUGUGGGGACGCUGGUCACGCUCUUCAGCUACCUGUUGCUGCCUCGUAUGAAGUUCGCUCAGUAUUACUUGAAAAAAAGCAGCAGCCAGUACGAAGCGGUCACCACAGAGGAGCCUGUGAAAGAGAGCAGCACAGUGGAGAACGGCAAACUCAACGGUCAUGCUAACGGAACUGUCACCAGCAACUCGACCAAGGUUGAAGAAGAAGUGGAACCCACUCCGGGUGAGAACAAGCAGGCCUUCCUGACUCUGAACCACGUGGAACAAGAACCAGAGAAGGCCUCGGUCUUGGAGGUCUUUAAAAAGAUCUGGGUGAUGGCGUUCUGCGUGACCUUUGUGUUUACCGUCACGCUGUCCGUGUUUCCUGCUGUCACUGUGGACGUCAAGACGGCGUAUCCGGGAAAAUGGGAACGUUUCUUCAUCUCAGUGUGCUGCUUCCUGACUUUCAACAUCAACGACUGGCUCGGACGGUCCAUUACCACGUUGGUACACUGGCCCAAGAAAGAGUCUCGUCUGUUCCCGGUGCUGGUCGUCUCCAGGGUGGUGUUCAUCCCUCUGCUGAUGCUCUGUAACGUCCAGCCUCGCAACUACAGUCCCGUGUUCUUUGAAAACGACUUUGUUUUCACGGCCAUCAUGGUCCUCUUCUCUGUAUCCAGUGGCUACUUUGUUUGCCUCUCCAUGUCCUACGCACCACAGUUGGUGGAGCCUAAGGAUGCAGAAACAGCAGGAGCCCUCAUGACCUUCUUCUUGGCCCUUGGUCUGUCCAUAGGGGCCGCGCUGUCCUUCCCCCUCCGGGCUCUGGUCUAGUCACACACUUAUACAACACGACAUUAUCACACACAAACCGGACGGACAAACAGGAUAAAGGGUUUUACCUGAUCUUAUUUUUAUAGAUUGUCUUUCUUCCAGUCUCCUCCUCCGAGGAGGAGGUGUGACGAGCACUGACUCUGAACUAGUCUUGAGUCGAAAAUGACUUGAUACGAUUCCCUUUAAAAGUAGGAAGAAGAAAAAAGAAAUGCUGCAUGUGACUUGCUGCUACCCUGAAUGACGGGUUAGAAAGGAUCUCUUGUGUGUGAAGUUUUUAUAUUGACUGUUUAUUGUUUCUAUAAGUUAUAGAGUGCCAGUCAUACAUAGAUAAAGGGAACGCUUUUGACACAACAUAUUUUCCAUUUAUUGAUAGUUUGAAUCAUUAGAUUUGAUUACGGUACGUAUUUCUGAGCUAUUGUUCUUGCUAGCAUCAUUUCAGUUUUUCUAGUCAACCUAAUGAAAUAGGUCAAGGUUGAAGGAGGUAGAACGAGCAAAAAACUUUCUUUGUGCUAUACUGAUACUUGUAAUUGUGAAGUUAGGCCUCAGGCAUAGAUGGAUUACUGAACCAGUCAACUGGGUGAAGUCUCAAGGGGCCAGGGGAAGCAGUUAUUUCCUGUGUAGUGGGUGGUGGACAUUGUUCGUGAUGGACUGGAGUUUGUUGAAGGUCCUUGCAUCUGUCCCAGAGAGAGGCUCGAAAUAAGCUCAAAGACUUAAAGACAAAAGUAAAGACAUUCAAAAUGACUGCAAGGAGACUCAAAACAACAACAAAGACUCAAAAUAACCUGAAACAGACUCAAAACAACCACAAAGAAACUCACUACUACUGCAAAUAAUCUGCAAAGAGAACUAAAACAACCACAAAACAACUGUAAAGGGACUCAAAACAACCACAAAGAGCAUCGAGACAACAGUAAAGGCACUCAUGACUGCAAAAAGACUCAAACCAACCGCAAACAGUUCCACAACAACCACAAAGACACUCAGAAUAACUGCAAGGCGACUCAGAACAACAACAAAGACUCAAAAUAACCUGAAACAGACUCAAAACAACCACAAAGUGACUCAGGGUACCCACAAAGAGGUUCAAAACAACCACACAACAACUGUAAAGUGACUCAAAACAACCACAGAGGCUCAAAACAACUGCAAAACAUCUGUAAAGAGACUCAAAACAACCACAGAACAACUGUAAAGGGACUCAAAACAACAACACAGACUCAAAAUACCCGCAAAGACACUCAAAACAACCGAAAGGAAACUCAAAAUACUCAAUACUACAGCAAAUACUCAAAAUAACCUGAAACAGACUCAAAACAAGAGCAAAGACACUUAAAACAAGCAUAAGAACACACAAAAUAACCACUAAAAGACUCAAAACAACCACAAAGAGACUCAAAGCCACAGUGAAGGCACUCAAAACACCCGUACAAAAUCUAUAGACAACGGCAGUAGACUCAAAAUAACCGUGUAGUCUGGAUUGGCUACCAUGUAGCUCAGGUGGGAGGUUUUUAACAUGUACAGUAACAUCCCCUGUGGCCAGUUCUCUCAUAGUCUAUCCAUGCCUCUGUUGGGUAUUUUUUUCCCACCUCCCUCUUCCCUGUAUUAAUCCUCAUCACCAACUUCAAGGCUACUACUGCCAUCUACUGGACAUGAGACAUACUGACAAGUUCUUCUGAGAAACAGCACAAUCUUUUGACAUGGAAUAAGGUCUUACAUGUAAGACUUUUGCUACUGCGCGCCAUUGGUACUCAAUCUACUACGAUAUGAACAUAAGGGACAAAAUAAUUGUUCUUUCGUAUCAUGAUGGCAACCGAAUUGUGUAAUUAAGUGAAUUUUGUAGACAUUGUUGACCAAUGUGCCAUAACCCAAUGACCUAACUUUAUUUCUGAUUGUAGUGCAGACACAUUUCAGUUUUUAAAGAUCCACUGGAUCUUUUGACUUUUUAUUCUUUAAGCGUGGGCUGAAGGAUCAGCAAUUUAAUUUAAUUUAUGUUUAUUUACUUUUAAAGUGGGACUUAAUUCAUGCUGGAUUGCCAUGACAAAUACAAGUACCGAAUUAAGACGAAAUUUACUGGGGUUCAUCUCAGGAUCUGAAUCCAUGAGUUAAGAAGAACCAAGUAAAAAUAACUGACACUUUGUUUUGUACCUUUUUGUAUAAAUAAACAUAAAAAGUGACACAUAGAUGUAUCAACUGGGUCAUUAUCAGCCUUAGCAACAUUUAGUAUUGGUUUAACAUAAACUAAUAUUAACAGAAGGUUAAAAUAUGCUUGUGUCGCUAAUUGUAAUGGAUUAGCAGUCUAGAUAUUUCAUUGUUUUUUGGGGGUCAGUGUGUCCAUAGCAUGGACUGUAUAUAAAUAUGGACAACGCGUCACCACUUCCUUUCAUUGGCUAAACUAUGGUAUUUUUCCGUGGAUAUGGGCGGAGCCAUCUUGUGAGUUUGGAGCCAGAUGCUCCAGACACAAGUGUUUUUCGUUGAACUAAUACUAUGCUCUGCCCCACCUCCACCAAAUUUUUUUUACAAUUCUCACGGGGCCGCUAACUAACUAAAACGUAUCCAAAAAAUUGUCACCUGAACAUGCAUCAACAUUAUAUUACCGACCUAAAAUGACAGAAACGAUCCUUGAAAAAAAUUUAGUUCACGUGUAUUUUAGUGUUUGACUCAUAUGGAGGGGGUGGAGCUUAUAACCUAUACUGCAGCCUCCAGCCACCAGGGGGAGCUCCACUUGCUUUGACUUUGCUUAUGAGAAGUUCCACGUCCUUAUUUAUAUACGUCUAUGGUCCAUAGCAACAACACGUCAUCUAACUUCAUUUUCUGUGAUUCAGUUGUAGCCGCAACAUUAACACAAGGUUUUAACGCUGCACACAAGCGACAGUAAAGGGAAUUCAUGCUGGUGUGUUUUCAUAAUGCAUCUGUACACAUUUUGGAGUGUAAAUAAAUGGAAGAUUUCAACCAGAAA